AUGCUAACAGCUACCCCAGACGAACCAAGACGCUCCGGUCGCGCGACAAAGGGCCAGCACAAGAACCUCGAGCUGCCCGAUACACCCGCGAAAAAAGGCAAAGGCAAGAGCCUUAAAGACAAGGGCAGCAAAGCCUCCGCCGAACCUACCCCCGGACCCAGCGAAGGCGAAGAUGAAGAAAUUAUCCGAUGCAUCUGCGGCGAAUACGAAGAGGAGGAAGAUGUCGAGCGUGACAUGAUUUGCUGUGACAAUUGCCUGGCAUGGCAACACAACGACUGCAUGGGCCUUACAUUUGCCAAGGGUUCAGAACCGGACAAAUACUUCUGCGAGCAAUGCAAACCUGAGAACCACAGAGAGCUGUUGGAAAAGAUAGAGAAGGGCGAAAAGCCCUGGCAACAGCUUGCUGAACGUCGGCGCCAGGAAGCUGAGGAGAAAAAGUCCAAGAAGAAGAAGGGUAAAAAGGGCAGCAGCCGCAAGAGUCAAGGCAAGGCAGAUUCCGGAACUCCAGCUCGAGCUGGAACCUCUGCGACGCCUGGUCCUGGCCAGUCUCCUGCUCCUGCCCCAUCCGCAUCAGUUGAGCCUGAAAAGAAUGGCCACGACUCCCGCCGGUCGAGCACUAACAAGCGCAAGCUUGAGGAACAACCUGAGACGGAUAUGGGACCGCAAGUCAAGCAGCAAAGAGUUUCUCCACAAUCUCCGGCGGCAGCUUCGAAGGUCAAGACAGAGCCUUCAACUUAUACGUCUGCAGCAAUUGGUACUGUGGAAGACCUGGUGAUCCCGGCUCGUAAGAGCGCAGCCACGGCUCUCAUCAAACUAUUCGUAGAACAGGUCAUUGCGGCUCAGAAGAAGGGCUCUUAUUCAUUGCCCGGUGGACAAAAUGCAGAGAGUGCUGCACGGCAACUCGGUCUCGCCAUCGAGGAUGCCAUGUACAACCAUUUCUGUGGACGGGCAGGCGAGCCUACCGAACCAUAUAAGUUGCAAUUACGAACAAUACUGUUCAACGUAAAGAAGAAUCCUUCUCUACGGGACCGUUUGCUCGUAGGCAGUCUCUCGCCCGAUCACCUAUCUAGGAUGAAGCCGGAGGAGAUGGCGAGCGAGGAGUUGCAACAAAAGGACGCAGAGAUUAAACGAGAGUCUGAAAGGCAGCACAUCAUUAUCCAGGAGCAGGGUCCCCGCAUUCGACGCACACAUAAGGGCGAGGAAUUGAUUGAAGAUGACGUUCAAAAUGCUGCAACAGAAUCUGUCUUCUCGACUGUACCUCGCCGGAGCACUGCUGAGGGUGCCGAUGGCAGCCCAGCAAACCAGAGUCCAACCACGCCAAAGAUUCAUCAGCCCAAAGGCAGAGGACAAGGCCGAGGACACUCACCCUCUGGAGAGCACCAUGAUCACGUCUUCCCUGAAGUAGCCACCGACAUUCGCGAGCCAGUCCCCCAUGGCAGGAGGAUUCAAGCAGAUGCCGAGAUCGACCAACUGCUUCGUGAUGAUGAGCCUGAGUCUCCUCCAUACUCACCCAAGGACUUCUCCGACGAUGGCGUUGUCUGGCGUGGCAAGCUCGCCAUGAUUCCUGUCUCUGAGUUCGUAUCUACUGCUAAACAUGUUGGAGGUGCAGAUCUGAGUGGCCGGAUCCCAUGGAGUCAACUUGCACCGUCGACACUGCUGAUUGACGGGCGAAUUGAUAUCCAGCUCGCUAGCAACUACCUCUGCGGCCUGCGCUUCAGUGCUUCCACUGAUGUGUCUGUGAUUGCCGUAAGCAGCCCUCAUGACCCCUCCGAGCGUGCUGGCUUCGACAAGCUUUUCGAAUACUUCUCCGGUCGCAAGCGCUACGGUGUUAUCGGGAAGCAUCCUUUACAGGCUGUGAAAGACACUUAUAUUGUCCCCAUUGAAGCCGGCACCACCAACAAGCCUGAAUUCAUUGAGCUUCUGGAAAACAACUCGCUCGAGGGUCCUAUCAAUGAGCGCACCCUACUCAUCGUCUUUGUUGUUAAGACCGGCGACUCGAACCCUCCCUCUGUUCAACCGCCCUCUCACCAACCCAGCCUGGAGCCCGCCGCUUCUGCCAGUCCUUUGACAGCCGUUGGUGCUACCCUCAACCCCAUCAAUUCUCGACUCCCGCAACCAAGCCAAAUCUCAGGUUUCCAACAGCCCGCCGUAACGGGCAUGGCCGCCGCAGUGCAGGUGCUUGGUGCGCAAGUCAGCGCACCUGCUAUCCAACAACUCCUCAAGACGGCGCCAAACGUGGACAUGGCACAAUUGACCGUCGUCCGCGACAUUCUAAAUCGCCAGCCCGCUGCAGCAGGCAAUUACGACACGCUCAUGCAGGCACUCUUUGAGACCCAGGCGAACGGCCACGUCCCGGAGCUGAAUGCCUAA